GACGAACCCGAAAGAUGCACCGCCCGAGUGUCAGCUGAGAGGUCGAGUUUACAGAGAAGGCGACGGGAAAAACAACAAUAUUUUCUCCCACACAGACGCCAGUUUCUGCGGUUUUGUUGGAUAAAGUAGAUAAAUUUAUCCAAAAUGCCGGCUCCUAUGCCCGUAGGAGCGCUGACGAUGGCGUCAUUUGCCCUCACUGCCGCUGUAAUAGGCAAUGCAUACUAUCAGAAGAAACAGUUUUAUCCUUCGGUUGUUUAUAUCACAAAAUCCAACCCCAGUAUGGCAGCAAUAUACCUUUUAGCAUUCACAAUGGUUAUACUGCUGGGAAAACUACUCAAGAAAGUGUUCUUUGGUGCACUCCGUGCAGCUGAAUUUGAGCACCUCAUUGAGCGAUCCUUUUAUGCUGUCACGGAGACCUGCCUCGCCUUCACUGUUUUUCGUGACGACUUCUCCCCCAAGUUUGUGGCACUGUUCACAGUCCUGCUGUUUCUAAAGGCGUUCCAUUGGCUGGCAGACUACCGGGUCGACUUCAUGGAGCGCUCACCAGUCAUCACCCUGCUCUUCCACGUUCGGGUCACAUCUUUGCUACUCCUGCUGAGCCUCCUAGACCUGGUGCUAGUGAACCAUGCAUAUCACUCAACCAUAACACGAGGGGCAUCUGUCCAGCUAGUGUUUGGCUUUGAGUAUGCAAUUCUCCUUACCGUGGCACUGAACAUAGGAGUUAAAUAUGUGUGUCACACAGUCGAUUUGCAGUCAGAGAACCCAUGGGAGAAUAAGGCCAUGUAUCUGUUGUAUACAGAACUUUGUAUGGGAUUUGUCAAGGUGGUUUUGUAUGCUGUGUUCAUGAUCAUCAUGAUUAGAAUACAUACAUUCCCGCUGUUCAUCAUAAGACCCAUGUACCUGACCAUGAGGUCAUUCAAACGAGCACUGAACGACGUGAUUCUCUCCCGCCGUGCUAUUCGCAACAUGAAUACACUGUACCCCGACGCCACUCCAGAGGAAUUAAGAGCUGUGGAUAAUGUUUGCAUCAUCUGCAGGGAGGAAAUGUUGACAGGAGCCAAGAAGCUUCCCUGUGGCCACAUAUUCCAUGCCUCUUGCCUGCGUUCGUGGUUCCAGCGUCAGCAGACCUGCCCAACUUGCCGCAUGGACAUCCUGCGACAGCCUCCCCCUGCUCAAGGAGGUGCAGCCGGUGCUGCAGCAGCUGCCCGGAAUGCCCAGCAAGCCCAAACCCCACCUGCUCAGCCACAGACACCACAGCCACAGCAGCAACAGCGUCAGGCUCAGCAGCAGAUGCCCAAUCCAUUUGCUGGCCUCUUUGCUGGUAUGCCUAUGCCAGUUGGCCCUCCUCCUGUAGGUCUACCCCCCUUCCCAUUUCCUCCUAUGCCAAUGCAGCAGGCUCAGCAACAGCAAGCAGCUGCUGCCUCUGCUUCUGCAUCCACAACAGAAGCAGGAACAAGUUCCUCCACCACUACUACAACUUCUGCUAGCACUUCUGCAUCAGCAAGCAGCACAGGCCAGACUGGGGGAGCCAUCCCCACUGCUCCAUUCAACAUGCUGCCUCCACUCUUCCCCCUCCUGCCCUUCAACAUUCCUCCACCACCUCCUCCACUAAAUUUUGCUGCCAUGACAGAGGAUGAGGUCCGCCAGCUGGAAGGGAACGAAAGACAACAUGUCGAGGCCAGGAUCAAGGUCUUGAGGAACAUUCAGACUCUUCUUGAUGCAGCAGUUGUUCAGAUGAACCAGUAUGCAUCAGUUGUUGCAUCGCUAGACAUGAACAGUCAGUCCAUACCAAGGAAUGUUGCACCACAACAGGCAGAAGCAACAGAGUCUGCAUCAGAACCAGAGCCUAGUUCUUCACAGGCAGCAGAGCCCACAGUGGCUGCUUCGGCAGACAGAGCAAGCCCAACAGACCCAGAUUCCUCAAAAGGAGCAACUUCAGUGGCCUCUAAUGAUGAAGCAGCCAGAAGUGAAGUGACAUCAUCAACCUCUGCAGCUGCUAGUCCGUCUUCCUUGUCCAGUAUCACCCCAACCCCAGCCUCUGCGGACACAUCAACUCCAGAUGAAGUGCACCCUGACAGCCCACAGGAAAUCAGGAGGCGACGUCUAGAGCGGUUCACUCAGAACACUUAGGGUCUGCAGCACUUUUCUUAGAGAUAUUUCCUUUUAUUUUCAUCAGUCUGCACACAUAAGACAUGGGAUAAGACUCUGUGUAUUAGGGGAGAGGAUUGGUGUGGAUUAAUUUUCUCUUGUUUCUUUUUGUUUUGUAUUCUAGAAUUUUGUUAUUGGAUAUAUCAUUCAGAAUGGCCCUCUAGUUUCCUGAUGUUGUUUUGCACAUAUAUACAAAUAUGUAUAAAUAUACAAGAGGGUUGGUGUGUUGGUGAAUUAGUGAUAUGUCUCAAGUGGGGGUAAUAUAUAUCAAAAUUAUCUAUUUUUCUUAGGGUGGACACUGCUGCAAUAUUAUUUAGAAGGAAUGUAAGGAAGGAAAUGUACAUUCUAAGGCUGCACAUAUAAGGCGAUUACAUGUUUUUUAUAAAUGAAUGAAUAUAUAUCUAUAUGUAUAAAUGUACGUAGGUUUCUACUCGGAAAAAAAAAUUCAGACCCCUCCCUAAAAAUUACAUGAACUACAGACAUAGACGUACACAAGUACACGCAGAUGCAAACGGAAACUUUGUGCAUGUACAGUAUAUAGUGAGGUAUAUUUAUUUUGCCAUAUGUACUCUAACUAUUUCCUGAAGUGAUUGUCGUAAUGGAUUGGUAGAUUUUGAAAGAAAAAUCAUGCAUAUUAUUAAAUGAUUGUAAAGGCUCACUUAUUCUCUUAUGUUUUUUGGAUUUUAUUUUAUCUUUUGUUUUUUAUUUUUAAUCAUGCAAGUACUGCUGAUAAUACCUACAGCUACAACUAUAGUGAAUGAGUCCGUAUGUGACAGACCAAGUGUGUGAAUGGGAAUGAGAGUGUUCUUGUGUGCAUGUCAGUGUAUUUGUGUAGUAUGUAUGGAUGUAUGUAUAUAUGUGUGCAUGUGUAUAUACAUGCACGCACGCAUACAUAGUUGUGGUUGUAGUGUUGAUUAUAGCAGUAAAAAUAAUAUAAGUAUUUUGAGUAAUUUUGAGAGUUAAAUUCCAUCCACAAACUUAAGAUUUUGUACAUAAUUUGAAGAAGUGUAAAUGUCUUGUAAGUAUUUGAGUUAUGUAAGGAAAGCCUCUGGCUUGCCAUAUGAGUACUUGUUGAGUUUGUACUCUCUUUGGUGGUGAAAACACCAUUGUUUUUCCAUUCCUGUGUUCUGUUAAAAAAUGUUAAAUGACAUACAUGAAUUUCUUUUCUUUUUAUGGUUUAUGUUUUUUGUUUGUUCAUUUCACUUAUGGUAAGGAAUAAUGGACCUCUGCAAAAUGUUAUUCCAUUUAUUUCUCUUUUUCAUUUUACUGAGGUUGUCACUAAUAAUUCUUUGGGGAAAGUAAAGAGGCAUCCCAUGGAACCAAUUCCAGGUAGGGUGUUGAGCAUCUUAUUUGACCCUUUCUAACUUGUAUUGCAUUUCCUUCAAACAUUCAAGCAAGCUCAAUUGAGGGCGUGUGUUUAUAGGUUUUUACCAUGCUGGACUUUGCCCUCGUGCUACCCUUUACAUCAUCAUUUUUCCAUUAUGAAGUGCUUUCAUCAUUAUUUCACAGACCCUCUAUUUUCACUUCCAAAGAAAUGUUACUUCAGUGAAAGCAGUCAGUUCACUUUAAUAUUGCUGCAUUGUUUGGCUAAUAUCUUAGAAAGGGAAAUUGAUAUUUAGUAAUAUAUUUUGCUGUUUGUUCCCAACAGCUUCCCCAGCUUAAGUUUUUGUUCACAGAAAACAAAUGGCUUGAUUUUGAUUUCAUUCUCUGUAUGAAAAUCUUUAAGCAAAAUAGGAGAGACAUUGAAUAUUGUCAUUUCUUCAUUUCUCUAUUUAUUUUGAAUAGAAGGAACUUAAGGCUUAGCAUAUUUUAAUACAUGAGGCAACAGGUUUGCAUUUAUAUUAUUUUCUGUUUAUUUUAUCCUUUAUUUUUGUCCUGAUUCUUGGCCUUUUUAUUUUUUUUCUUGUGUGUGAAUUUAUUAUUUUCACUUCUCUACAUUAUUUGUUUUAAAUAGUAAGAUUGGUAAUGCAGAAACUGCUGAGAGAGACCGUCUAUCAGUGUCUGUACCAAACACUCCAAAUUCGCUUCAGUCAGGGAGGUCCCUUUCCGCAAAAAGAGUUUAAACGUCAGAUGUGUAUAAACUGCGCGAAGUUUUUGAGGGAACUCGCUCUAUCUGACCUCGUGUUACUCCACCAGUACCAUUCCCUUAUGAUUUGUUUUUCUCUAUUCUUGGUAAAUGUCAAAAUCAUAAUGUAUAUAUUGUUCAUGAUAUUUGGAUUCUUUACAACUUACAACAUCAUGAAUGCUAUCAUUUGCUGUCAGACUUUUGUUACAGUUCUGGAGAAUAUAUGUUCAAAAAAUAUAUUUAUUAUCUGUGAA